GUAUGGUUUAAUAAAGAUGUAUUGAUUUUAUUUAUAUGAAUUAAUACCUAAACAAAAAGUUAAACAAAAUAAUCAGACUCUGUGAAGGGGUGCCAAUAAUUCUGCUACACCAUUUCACUAUGACACAAACACGCUCUAAACAAAAUAAUAAAAGUGAAUUAUUAUUGGCUUGUUGUUGUCAGCGGCUCGGUUCGGCUUCACCUGCGCCCCCGGUACCGUCUACAGCGCAACAACCCGCGCAUGCGCACUGAGGACACGGGGAAAGAUUCUCCCCCUCACUCAGUUCAGCGUGUCGCAGGUUGCGCUCGUGCGCGGUGCGGAGAACAGACCGAGGAGAAGGAGAAGGGUGAUGAUGAUGAUGAUGAUGAUGAUGAAGACGAUGAUGGCGGCGCGGUGUAGAGGAUGAAGGAUGGUGGCGGUGGUGUCGCACCACACCACAUGGCCAGAUCAACCAAACGGAGCUCCGGGGGAGAGUUGGAGACGCGGGUCUUGUCACUGGAGGAGGUUCUGCGCUCCUACGACCAGCCGCUGAAUGAGGAACAGGCCUGGGCCGUGUGUUACCAGUGCUGCCGGGGGGCGGAGCGGCAUCGGUACCGGUACCGCGCUAAGGGACCCGAAUCCAUCUUACUGCACCGGGACGGUACCGUCACUCUGCGUUCCGACACGCGCACCUGCACCGCUGAAGGAGAAGCUGUAUCUGCUUCACCUGUCCAGGAGAGCCAGUUGGUACAGUCUAUGGGCGUGGCCAUCUAUCAGGCUCUGGACUGGGGACUGGCUGACAGUGAGGAGCGAGACCUGAGUCCACAUCUGGAGCAGCUAAUCGAGCGCAUGGUGGCACAGCAGGACCAUGAGUCCGCAGAGUGUCUCAGCAGCACCACCAAGGAUGAAGGCUACAGUGGCCCCGAGGAUGAAGAUGAAGAGGAAGAGGAAGAGGAGGUGGGAAGGGUGCAUGCAGUGCGCACUGUUCGGCAUGCGAUGACGUUGUGUGCCAGGAGGCUGGCGAACCCCGCUGUGGCUCCUGAACACUACCAAGCUGUUUGUAGAGCGCUGUUCCUCGAGACUCUGGAGCUUCAGACCUUCCUGUGCAGGAUCAGAGAUGCCAAGGAGAUGUUGAGGAGGAUCAGGACGGAGGAGUCUCAGGAGGAGCGCUGUGCUGCUGAACUGGACAACCUCAAACACACAGACUGGGCUCGGCUGUGGGUGCAGUUGAUGCGGGAGCUCAGGCAGGGUGUAAAGCUGAAGAAGGUGGAGCAGCAGCCGUUCGAUCCUCUGCCCACUGAGUUCAGCCUCACACCAUUCGAGAUGCUCAUGCAGGACAUCCGGUCUCGCAGAUACACACUGCGCAAAGUGAUGGUGGAUGGAGACAUUCCCACUCGAGUCAAACAGAAUGCUCAUGAACUCAUCCUGGACUUCAUUAGAUCCAGACCUCCACUGAAACCUGUGUCAGAGCGCAGUCUCCCCCCUCGGCCGCAGGAGCAGCAGUGUCUUCAUGAUCGUGUGUUAGCUGAAAUCCGUCAAGAACAUAAACUGCGGCCUGUGGAGGGGCGGAGCUCCAAGAGACCGUUUGGUUCUCUCCCCUGUCUGGCUCACUCCUGUCACUGUGACCUGAAAUCUACUUCCUGUAUUGACCUGUCAAUCACAGAAGGUGGGCACCGCCUUUUGCCUCGACCUCGUGUGCUGUUGAAAGCCCCCACACUUGCAGAGAUGGAGGAGAUGAACCUGUUUGAGGAUGAGGACUCUCCUGAUGGUGGUGAGUGUGUGGAGAGUUUGAUGAAGCGUGAUCGUUCAUUCUCUGAGCACGACCUGGCCGAGCUGCUGCAGAGCGAGACCGACAAGACGAGCGCCUGUGUGUGUGUACUUGGAGAGAGACCACGCUCAUACACACACACUGGAACCACACACACACGCCCACACCGUGCUUCACUGCCAGUGAUUGGCUGGUCUCCUGCAUCUUCUGCUUGUCGCUCUCUCAGUGAAGUGGAAGAAGUGAGCGAGGCAUCGGCACCUUCCAAAAGCCUCAGCGCUAACCAGUGGAUGGAGGAGUUCAGCCACCCGGUGGAGAGUUUGGCAUUAACCCUUGAUGAGGUCAUCAGUGUGCGCCGUGUGCUGGUGAAGGCUGAGAUGGAGAAGUUCCUCCAACGUAAAGAGCUUUAUAACAACCUGCGGAAGGGCAAGGUGUGCUGCUGUUGUAGGGUGAAGUUCCCGUUGUUUUCUUGGCCUUCUACGUGUCUGCUGUGUAAAAGGUCGGUGUGUGGCUCAUGCAGUGCGAAGAUGAAAAUGCCGUCUAAGAAGCUAGCUCACAUCCCUGUGUACGCUGUGGGUUUCCAUAGCAGCCCGAGGAGCCACAGCCAGCGCAGCGACGUCUACAAGUCUCUGCGCUCGUUGUCCCGCCGUGCCGUAGAAGACGAGUUUCCGUACCUCUACGUCGCAGGCUGCAGUCUGAGAGACGUUUGUGCAGAAUGCACCAAGUUUGUUGCCGAUAUCGUUUCAUCCAGCCGCCGCAGCCUUGACAUUAUCAACAACACACCUAAAAGAGAGAAGCCACGCCCACACCCCGCCUCUCAUUACAUGCCCCCGAGAGGUGGAGUAAACUAAGGUAAUUACUGACUGGGGAAAUGAUCGGUGUUGCUUUGCUGCUGGGCUGCUUCUUUUUAGACAAGUGAAUGCCUUGAAUUUUUGGCCCUGCCUUGGAGUCAAGUCGUCGAUGUGGACGACUCCUGCCUUUGCAGAGUGACCUUUGACCCUUGACACCGAGCAGAUCCUUUAGACACUUUGUGUCACGCCGCAGGCUUCGGUCCCCGCCCACUGAGACGAUGUGCUCCGCCCAGAUCAAGACACGAGUCACUUAAUUUCUGAAGUCCUGCUCACUUUUUCCCAAUCCCUGAUGUACGUCUGGUUCUCAACCAGGAACACGCAGGAACCUUUCUUCUGAUCCUUGUGACUAGGAUACAGUGUCUGUGCUCCAGUACUGACUGACUGAGCAGAUCCGUUAUAUCUAGAGAUGAAUCGAGACCCUUCGGCUGCAUUUCCUGCCUCCUGACCGGAGGUCAUGGAUACACGGACCACCGUAUUCCCGCCGUCGGGCUUCUCUAUCGCCCGUCUCCAAACUCCCUGACUCCAAACCAACCAAACCUGCUGUUUCUUAGUAUUGCUUUAUCCACACAAGAGCGUGCACCACCAUAUUCUUGCCUCAGCUUACCGACCUUUGACCUUCAUACAGAGGACAAAGUGACCGUUGGCCUCCUCCCUUAGACACACCCUUUUAAGCCACAUCCUUGAUGUGAUAUUUAUUGAUGUAAACAUCAGCAUUUUCCUGCCUGGCCUUUUGAGGACACGCUCUAUAUGAGUAACAAAACAGGAAGUGGAAAAACAAGUUUAAUGCCUUGAUUGUAGCUCGAGCGUAGUGGUCACUUCGUCAGACACGCCCUUCCCAGCACCUCCCUCCUGAGCAGAUAAGGGCACAAGACAAAUCGUAUGCCGAAGGGCACUAUGAAGUGUGCUAUGAAGUGUACAACGAUGCUCGGAUGCUCUGUAGCGCAGGACUGAUGCUCUGAAAACACCCGAAUGCCGUUUAAUCUGUUUUAUUCUGCUGAAGUGCAAUCAGAAAAAAAAAUCCUGCAUGGAACCUGAAAAUUCUGCAGUAUGUUAAUGAAAUCUUCCGAACUCUCACUGGAGUUUAUUGCACUACGUAGAGGCCGAAUGUAUCAGGGACUGGAGCCUGUUUAAGAAUGUUAGAGAGACUCCGUAACACCUCCAUGAUGUCAUCUCCACCCUCAUCCGCCCACCCAUACACCACAGCUCCAACACUACUCCUCCAUCCACCCUCUCCCCUCACUCAACACCACCCCGACACAUCACAUCGCCAUAACGGAGCCACGAUGACAUCCAUACUGUAAAAAUGACAAAGUUGACCGUAAAUGUAAUGUUUUCAGAAACAGUAAUAAUCAUUUAUGUGUUGAACCAUUUAAGUCUUAAUGACACUUGCUAAGGAAACUGGGAAAACACAGACAAUGAAACUAAUCUAGCUAGCAACUGAUUAAAGAGUUAGAAAGCUAGCAACAUACUGUGCGUUAUGACUAACGACUGGAUAUAUGUUUGGAAAACAUGGCAACUUUCCACUUAAUGGAACUGGGAGACUGUGACCUGUAAGAACUGGAACCAGUGGAUAGAGACAGACAGAGUGGGACUUCCUCUCGCCCCCUAGUGUUAGCGAUACACAGUGUAUCGCAUGUCCAUGAUUCAGCUGACUACGCUGCUGUUUGUUAGCCAAAAUGCUCUAGCUUUUUCUCCAUUUUCCUCUAGCUGGAGAAUUUUCUGAUACACUUUACAGAUAGAUUUCAAAUGUUCAAGAUUAUAAAAGCUCAUACAGUCAUUAGUGUGAUUCUUAGCUAAUGUUAAGUUAGGAGUUAAAACCAACCAGCUAAGAGAAGACCACUUAGACUCCGCCCGUCGAUCCGAGUCACGACGUCACCCGUAUAUACAGUCGUUAGUUAAAAGCAGAAGGUCACGGAAAUGAUAAACGUCACGGAACGUCAACGUUUACCUCUGAUGAGUUGAUUAAUUCCUAAGAUGCUCUGUGCAGCUAAUAUGAAGGUAUGAAUAUGAACUGAAGUUAUGCUUAGCAUCAACUGCUAACCCAAGCUUUGUUGUUUCUGCCAUACUGUGUCGCAAAUUAUAAAGAUUCUCUGACAUUCGCUUGUUCUAGCUGUCACACAACGGAUCGUUGUCAGAGUUAGCUCUGAGUACAGUACUGCUUUAAAACGACUAGCCGUUAGCUGGAGAAUCAUGAGCUAGCCUACGUUCUCUGUACAUUUUAGCUAGCUCUGUAUUAGAUUAGACCGUUCACUAGAUUAGAUGUGUUAAUGAGUUAAUCAUUGAGUCACUGAUUCGAAUUUAGCCGAAUAAUUCUGUCUGUUUUUACAAACAAUAAAACGAUUAAAUUCAGGUAAAGUUUCUCCACAAAUAAACAGUGUGUCAGUGGCUUUGGUCAUGUUUUACAAUUAGUUUGAGUCUGUGGAGAUUCAGUAGUGUGCACUCGGCCUACUCUGUCUUAUCUGUGGCCCUAGUAAGGAGAUAAUAUGCCUCAACACACACACACACACACACACACACACACACACACACACACACACACACACACACACACACACACACACACACACCAGCUGAAAUCUCCACUCAUGGUCUUAUGUCUUUUGCUCCUUUUCCCUUUUUUUUUUUUGUAAACGCUGCAUAUCUGCAAUAAAUCAGUUCCAAACUGUGCAUCUGAGUCAGUCUCUCUCUCUCUAUCUGUGUGUGUGUCUCUCUCUCUCUCUCUGUGUCUCUGUCUCUCUCUCUCUAUCUGU